AUGAGACGCAUUCGCCCAAUUCCCGAUACCCAUCCCCAAUUUUCUGUCCUCGAUCUCCCUGGGUAUCGCGAAUAUAGAGUGGAAAAUUGGCACUUGGCAAGAGAUGGCAGUGGUCGAAUAAUACGAGGAACAUCCUAUUUCCUAUGGUGGUCGAUCCUCUCACUCUGUAUAUCAAUUGCAUGGUUAAAGACCACCGCUUGGCUUUUGGCAACUUCCUUACUGGCUAUCACCUUGGUUGGCAUCAAUAGCUUGCCAAUACUCUAUGAAUCUGUUGUUGUUAUACCUUCGCAAGGUAUCCAGUUUGAAACCCAUCAAGGAUUGACAUCACGGCCAUUAAUUUCCUCCCGGCGCUUUAUCCCAUUCGCUUCUUUAAAGGAUGUUGUUAUUAACGAGGCCCUGCAUCGCUGGAAUGUGCGGUUUUAUUUGGUUGCCAUUCGGCAAGUUGGGGUCCACGGCCAUCGUUUGGAAGUAGCUUAUGAGAAUCUGUUGCCUCAUCACCCCAUCCUUCGACAAGUUUAUCAUGGUAUUCAAGAACUUUCACCGUACGUUGCGAGAUAG